CUUUAGGGAUACAGCAGUGAGGGACCGGGCUGAAGCGGCGGAGGGCUCCGCUGGAGGGCGCUGUCGAGUUUCUACAAAACAGACAGCCACUGCGCGCUGCGCUGAAAAUGGCGCUGGACGGACUCGACCAUAUGGAGUUGGAGGAAAGUAAAGGUGGCUCAGGCCUCCGGCAGUAUUAUCUGUCUAAAAUAGAAGAGUUACAGUUGACAGUGAAUGAAAAAAGCCAGAAUCUCAGACGUCUGCAGGCCCAGAGGAACGAGCUAAAUGCCAAAGUGCGUCUCUUGCGGGAGGAACUGCAGCUGCUGCAGGAGCAGGGCUCCUAUGUAGGCGAGGUGGUCCGAGCUAUGGACAAGAAGAAGGUCCUAGUAAAGGUUCAUCCUGAGGGCAAGUUUGUGGUGGAUGUGGACAAAAACAUUGACAUUAAUGAUGUGACUCCAAAUUGCCGUGUAGCACUUCGUAACGACAGCUACACAUUGCACAAGAUUCUGCCCAAUAAAGUGGACCCACUGGUUUCUUUGAUGAUGGUUGAGAAAGUGCCUGAUUCCACUUAUGAGAUGAUCGGUGGUCUGGACAAACAGAUCAAAGAGAUCAAGGAGGUGAUCGAGCUGCCUGUGAAGCAUCCUGAGCUGUUUGAGGCCCUUGGAAUUGCACAGCCUAAGGGGGUGCUGUUGUAUGGACCACCUGGCACAGGAAAGACGCUGCUGGCCCGAGCUGUGGCUCACCACACAGACUGCACAUUCAUCAGAGUGUCCGGCUCCGAGCUGGUGCAGAAGUUCAUUGGCGAGGGAGCCCGUAUGGUGCGUGAACUGUUCGUUAUGGCCCGUGAGCAUGCACCCUCCAUCAUUUUUAUGGAUGAGAUUGAUUCGAUUGGUUCCUCUCGACUGGAGGGAGGUUCUGGAGGGGACAGCGAGGUGCAGAGGACCAUGCUGGAGCUUCUCAAUCAGCUGGAUGGAUUUGAGGCCACCAAGAAUAUUAAGGUCAUCAUGGCCACUAACCGUAUUGACAUUCUGGACUCUGCUCUGCUCAGACCUGGACGCAUUGACAGGAAGAUUGAGUUUCCCCCUCCUAAUGAAGAGGCCCGUUUGGACAUUCUGAAGAUCCACUCCCGCAAGAUGAACCUGACCCGUGGAAUAAAUUUGAGGAAAAUUGCAGAGCUAAUGCCAGGAGCUUCAGGCGCCGAGGUUAAGGGUGUCUGCACUGAGGCUGGUAUGUACGCUCUUCGAGAGAGGAGAGUUCACGUCACCCAGGAAGACUUUGAAAUGGCUGUUGCAAAGGUGAUGCAGAAAGACAGCGAGAAAAAUAUGUCCAUCAAGAAGCUCUGGAAGUAGAGCCUCCAGCAACACCUGGCAGCCCUCACCUAUAUUGUUUUGUUUUCUUUUGUGACUUGAUUUAUAAUUGUUACCUAAAUUUAUUUUAAAUAAACGGUAUCUCCUGCUAA